AGCUGAAAAAACAUUUUAUAAUAUUUAUAAUAAAUAUAAGUUAAUGAUCAUGGCUGAAAAGAGAAUUUGGAAACAUCAAGACUUAACCUGUAAACCGCUUGAUAACUUGGAAGAAGUCUUAUCUUUUCUACAAGAACCUCCAAGUUGGAGUUCUCUUUGCACAGAAAUCAAACCCCACAGCGAUUAUAUAGUCCGAAAUACGGAUAUCAAUAAGUUUUUUGGUGAAAAUUUACUCGAAACUCCGCAAACAUUUUGUCAUUAUGAUCCGGAAACGGAAGAAGAAAUUGAACGCGUAGACAGAAAAAAAAUACCAAAGACAUUGGUUUGCCAUGAUAUGGCAAAUGGUUAUCAUGAUGAUUCUGUUAUCGAUGGCACUGGUAAUUACAGUGCGUAUACGUUAUAUAAUUGGGGCGCCAUCGAUAUUUUCUGCUACUUCAGUCAUCAUUUCAUUACCAUACCUCCCCUUGGCUGGAUAAAUGUCGGACACGCACAUGGGGUUCAAGUAAUUGGUACUGUUAUAACCGAGUGGGCGGAAGGUGUAGCACUGUGGGAAAAAAUAUUGCAAUCGGAAAAUGACUGGCAACAUUUUGCAAGUGCCCUCGUUGCUAUCGCUAAGACCUUAAGGUUCGAUGGAUGGCUUCUUAACGUCGAGAAUAAGAUUUCGAAGCCGGCUGUACUCUUGCAGUUUGUCCGCUACCUGCAUGAUAUCCUGCACCAGGAGCUGGAAAACCCGGUGCUGAUCUGGUAUGAUAGCGUCACAGUUGAUGGUCACCUUAAUUGGCAAAAUGGACUCAAUGAAAAGAACAGAGGAUACUUCGAUGUUGUGGACGGAAUUUUCACCAACUACUCUUGGUCAGAAAAAGACGUGGAGUCCAGCGUGGUGGCGGCCGGGGAGCGGCUGACAGAUCUCUUUAUUGGGAUCGACGUUUGGGGACGGAAUUUUUAUGGCGGUGGACAGUUUAACACGCAAGAAGCCAUACAAGUAGCUUUUACUUAUGGUUGUUCGCUUGCAAUAUUUGCGCCGGCUUGGACAUACGAGGCCAUGUCCGAAGACGUUGGCGAUAUUAACAUAAUUGAAAAUGCGGAUGAGCUGGAUACCUACGAACGGUUCCUGCUCCGGGACCGAGCGCUCUGGUGCAGCUUGUGGCCGUACCUUAACACCAAGCUGCCGUCGGCUUUACCUUUUCAGACCUCCUUUUGCAGGGGACAGGGGAAAAAGAGGCGAUUAUACGGAGAGGUGAUUUGCCCAGUUCCUUGGUUCAAUUUACGUCACAUGCAGUACCAGCCAAACUCCUCCCACGGGCCCCACGGGUACCUCCUAUCGACUCAAGACAACAUCGCACAUCUCUCUCGUAUCGGUUUUCUGAAAAAUAAAGCCGGUAUUCUCAAAUAUAGACAGUCGCUCGAGGUCAGCAGAGUAGAACUCGUGCCGGGAAAGAGUAAGGAGGUGUCUCUGUCCCUAAAGGAGGACAGCGUGACGGUUCUGACUCAAGAAGAAACAAUCGAGGUAACCAACGAAACCCAAGAAGGCCGCGUCAGCGUCAAGCGCAAAAUGAAGAACGCGUUACGGAAUCUGUUCCGAACGAAAGCAGCGAAGACCGCGCCCGCCGACAGCGAGCCGGCCGACAGCGGGCCGGCCGACAGCGGGCCGGCCGACAGCUCGCACGAGGUGUCGGGGCGGUCCAUGAUGCAGGUGUCGGUGAACUUACGAUUAGGGAACAGGACGAGCAAAACGAGAUACGCUCUGGCAUACGUUCCGACGGAGUUGGAGUGCCUCGAGCCGUUCUUCGAAGACAGCUUCCUCGGAGGCUCCUGCCUCAAAGUGAACCCCAGUGACACGGUUAGCGGGGAGCAUCGGCUGUCCCGGUUAUUCUUUUGUGAUUUCCACUGCAAGAACAAUUUAAUUGUAUGUACGGUGACCAAAAAUUUAGUGGGACACGAGAACCAGUUUUUAAACUUGAAGCUCAAUUUGACGGAUACAAGGAACGGAUACAGGAAGGUGGUGUUGGUGGGUCGCAGCGUGCCGCACGGACUCGAGGUUGCCUCCGCCGCCGAGGUCAUGAACCUGUACCCAUUGAGUGACCCAGCGGACCCUGGCUUCAGAGAGCUACAGAAGUACGUGGUGCUGAAUGAGCCGGGUUUUUACAUGCCCGUUGCGAACGCAUACGGAUGGAAAGUUAGGUACUACGAGGUCCCGCUGGGCGGCGCCCGCGUGGCGGCCGUGAGCUGCCGCACCGGCCUCGCCGAGGGCCCCAUCCUGUUGGGCUAUUUCGGCAUCUGCGCGAGGGAUCCGCCGGGGGAUUGAUUUGUAUAAUGAAUCAAAUUUCCUAAAUGUAUAAGGAAAAAUAUACGCCAAUAAAAUAAA